AUGACUUCCAACAGACCUGUCGCCCUCAUCCUCGGCUCCGGCCCCCGAGUUGGUGCUGCGGUCGCGAAGAAAUUUGCCACUACAGGCUAUUCGGUCGCCAUCGUUUCUCGCAAGGCCACGGAGACCAAAGACGCCCACGGGGUUCUAUCGAUCAAGGCCGAUUUGUCUGACCCUUCAUCGGUUCCCAGGGUCUUCGAUGCCGUCAAGAGGGAAUUUCAGAGCGCGCCGAGCGUCGUCGUUUACAACGGAGCCGCGUUCACGCCACCUCAGGGCGACGAUCUGUUUUCCAUUUCGGCGGAGCAACUUGCCUCCGACCUCAACACCAACACCGUGUCCGUCUGGGCCGCAGCUCAACAAGCCGUCAAAGGCUGGGACACGCUCACGCAUCACGCCCACAAAGUCUUCAUCUACACGGGCAACAAGCAGAACACGGGGAUUGGCCCGAUCUUGCUCACGGCAACCUUGGGUGUAGGCAAGUCGGCAUCCGCGCACCUGAUUGGUACCGCGGACGGUCGCUAUUCCAAGCUUGGCUAUCGGUGGGUUCGACGCUUCUUCUUUUACGCGGACGAGCGCACUGCUGAUGGUGGCCCGAAGGCCAUGCAGCUGGAUGGUGACGCGCAUGCCGAAUUCUUCGCCCAGCUCGCGAGGGGAGAGGGAGAUGUGCCAUGGCAUGCGACCUUUGUCAAAGGCAAGGGCUACGUCAAGUUUUAG